AUUCCAAAGCAAGACACGCAAAUACAAAAAAGAAAAUAAAAUUAUAUUUGUUUAUUCUUUUCGAUCUCUCUGCUUUCUUUAUCAAAUCAAUCGAUCUUCACUGCCUAACAUUGCUUAGGUCAAAUUAAGCUCCCGUCCCUCUCUAGUUUAGAUCCAAUUCAAAUGGCGAAGAGUGAAGAGAGUUGCUCUACGCAGCUGAUUGAUGGAGAUGGUACAUUUAUGACUUCUGGACUAGAACAAUUUAUCAAAGAAGUGAGAUUGGGGGAAUGUGGACUAUCAUAUGCUGUUGUCUCCAUCAUGGGUCCACAAAGUAGCGGGAAAAGUACUCUGUUAAAUCAUUUAUUUGGUACCAGAUUUAGAGAGAUGGAUGCAUUUAAAGGAAGGUCGCAGACCACUAAGGGAAUUUGGUUAGCCAAAUGUGCUGGCAUUGAACCAUGUACACUUGUAAUGGACUUGGAGGGCACUGAUGGAAGAGAACGUGGAGAGGAUGAUACAGCAUUUGAAAAGCAGAGUGCCCUGUUUGCCCUUGCUGUCUCAGAUAUAGUAUUGAUUAACAUGUGGUGUCAUGAUAUUGGCCGGGAGCAAGCUGCAAAUAAACCUCUUUUGAAGACUGUAUUCCAGGUUAUGAUGCGAUUGUUUAGUCCGCGCAAAACAACUUUGAUGUUUGUUAUACGUGACAAAACUAGGACACCACUAGAGAAUUUAGAACCGGUUCUGAGAGAAGAUAUUCAGAAGAUAUGGGAUGGUGUUCCAAAGCCACAAGAACACAAAGAAACGCCUUUAAGUGAUUUUUUUAAUGUUGAAGUUGUUGCACUUUCUAGUUAUGAAGAAAAAGAAGAGCAAUUCAAAGAGCAGGUUGCUAGUUUGAGGCAACGAUUCUACCAUUCUGUUGCCCCUGGCGGGCUUGCUGGAGAUCGGAGGGGUGUUGUUCCUGCUUCUGGUUUUUCUUUUAGUGCUCAGCAAAUGUGGAAGGUCAUUAAGGAGAACAAGGAUCUAGACCUUCCCGCCCACAAGGUAAUGGUUGCCACAGUACGCUGUGAAGAAAUUGCUAACGAAAAGUAUGCUAAUUUCAGCGCUAAUGAGGAGUGGUGCCAAAUAGAAGAGGCUGUGCAAUCUGGUCCAGUCUCUGGCUUUGGCAAGAGGCUCAGUUCAAUUCUAAAUACUUGUUUUUUAGAGUAUGAUGCAGAAGCUAUCUAUUUUGAUGAAGGAGUCAGAUCUGCAAAGAGAAAACAGCUUGAAGGAAAAUUGUUGCAACUUGUCCAACCGGCCCACCAGUCCAUGUUGGGACAUAUACGGUCAGGAACUCUCGACAAAUUCAAGGAAGCAUUUGAUAAGGCCUUGGCUGCUGGGGAAGGAUUUUCUUCAGCCGCUUAUUCAUGCACUCAGUCUUACAUGGCUACAUUUGAUGAAGGAUGUACAGAUGCUAUAAUUAAACAAGCAAACUGGGACACUUCUAAAGUGAGGGAUAAGCUUCGACGUGAUAUAGAUGCUCAUGUGGCUUCUGUCCGUGCUGCUAAGCUGUCCGAACUUACAUCAUCUUUUGAGGCAAAAUUGAACGAGGCAUUAUCAGGACCUGUUGAAGCUCUUCUUGAUGGGGCUAACAGUGCGACUUGGCCAGCAAUACGGAACCUUCUGCAGCGCGAGACAGAAUCAGUCGUUACUGGUCUCUCCAGCGCACUUGCUGGCUUCGACAUGGAUGAGCAAACUAAGGAGAACAUGCUUAGCAGUUUGAAGAAUUAUGCAAGAGGUGUAGUUGAAGGAAAAGCAAAGGAAGAAGCUGGACGAGUCUUGAUCCGUAUGAAGGACAGGUUUUCAACGUUGUUCAGCCAUGAUUCUGAUUCAAUGCCACGAGUUUGGACUGGAAAGGAAGAUAUUCGAGCGAUCACUAAAACUGCUCGGUCCGAGUCCUUGAAGUUGUUGUCUGUGAUGGUUGCAAUUCGUUUGGAUGAUGAAGGUGAUACUGUUGAAAGUACCCUAUCAUCUUCUUUGUUGGAUUCCAAGAACAGUGCUGCUGUUACAGAGAGAAGCAUCACCAAGGCUGAUCCCCUGGCCUCAAGCACUUGGGAUGAGAUUCCCCCAUCGAGGACACUGAUCACCCCUGUCCAGUGUAAAUCUUUGUGGAGACAAUUCAAGGCAGAGACAGAGUACAGUGUCACCCAGGCUAUAUCUGCUCAGGAAGCCAACAAACGCAGUAACAACUGGUUGCCACCACCGUGGGCAAUUGUUGCCUUGAUCGUGCUGGGAUUUAAUGAAUUUAUGACACUACUGAGGAAUCCCUUUUAUCUGGGUUUCAUCUUCGUAGUUUUUCUACUCGUUAAAGCCUUGUGGGUUCAACUAGACGUUUCCGGUGAAUUUCGCAAUGGCGCUCUUCCCGGGCUAAUUUCUUUGUCAGCAAAGUUCCUUCCUACAGUAAUGAACCUUAUCAAAAAACUGGCCGAACAGGGGCAGGUGCCUGCUCCUAAUGAUCCUCAUAGAAAUCCAACACUAUCGGCAAACAGUUUCCGCAGUGGCAGUGAUAUGUCAAGUGCUUCAUCUGGAGUAACUUCCCCCGAAAAUGGGACCGAAUACUCGAGCUCGUCGAAAGAUGACUAGGUGAAAGAAGUAAUCUUAUCCGUAAACUCUUCUAAUAUUGUUUGAAGAUGCUAGAAUUCUGCUCGCACAUGUUUGUGGGCGGUUGUAUUAUGGUCCACGAUUGUGAACUCUUGUAAACAUGCAAGAGGAACAGAUUUUGAAGGCAUUAGUUUUAGUGUAUGUGCCACAUACAGGGGGCUACUAUUUGUUUCUAAGAAAGCCCCAUUAAAUAGUGUUCCUAUGUUUUAGUAUAGGUUUUGACUUUUCCUCCUUUUCUUUUGGUUCCUUCUUUUAUUAGUUGAAGAGGUCUUUAUAAGAACAUUGAUAGUGAGUGGUCAAUCAUGCUGGUAUGAAUUCAAUUUUGUAUUUGAUAAUUAAUUCCUCUGUUUGCUUUAUUGUAUCUGGCUGUGGUGUGUUGUGUA